CACGUGACUUUGUGGAUGUUUCCAGACAGGAGGGAGACGCCCCCCUCUUCCUCUUCCUCCUCCUCAUCACUGCAGCAGCUUGGGUUCUGCAGCGUGUUCCGGAUGGUUCUACUGGUGCUGCUGGCCGCCUGUGUGUGCUCGGCGGCGAGGAUCCCGCACCUCAAUGAACGGCCGCUCAUCGGUGUGCUGGCACAGGAAGUCCUGCCGGGUGACCACUAUGCCACUGGCUCCUCCUACAUUGCCGCCUGCUAUGUCAAAUACUUGGAAGGUGCCGGGGCCCGCGUGGUUCCCAUCAGAAUCAAUCGUACAGAGGAGGAAUAUGCCAAGAUCUUCUCCUCCAUUAACGGGUUGUUGCUGCCGGGAGGAGACGUGGACAUCCAGACGUCGCAGUACACUCGAGCCGCUAAGAUCUUUUACAACCUCGCUUUGAAGGCCAACAAUGGGGGCGACUACUUCCCUAUCUGGGGGACGUGUCAGGGCUUCCAGCAGCUGACGGUCUUGACAGCCAACAAGAACCUCUUGACGCUUACCGACACCAAGGCCGUGGCGCUGCAGCUUACUUUCACGCCAGCGUCUGAGUCCAGCCGUCUGUUCCACAACUUUCCGAAGGACCUAAUGCAGUCUCUGGCUCAGGAGAACAUCACCGCUAACUUCCACAGCUGGAGUCUCUCUCUUCAGAAUUUCAGCCGCAACGCCAAGCUGAAGAGGUUCUACAAGGUGCUGUCCACCAACACGGAUGGGAAGAAGGACUUCAUCUCCACCAUGGAAGCCUACCACUACCCCUUCUACGCUGUGCAGUGGCAUCCAGAGAAAGCCCCCUACGAGUGGGUGGAUAAGCCCGGCAUGGUCCAUUCCACCUCUGCCGUGCAAGCCUCCUUCUACACUGCCAGCUUCUUUGUUUCAGAAGCCAUGAAGAACCGACACACCUUCUCCAGUGCCAUAGAAGAGGAGCAAGCUCUCAUUUACAAUUUUGCUCCCAUUUUCAGAGGCGCCCACGCCAUAUUUGUGCAGAACUAUUACUUUGACUAACAUCCAGCAGGAAACUGACCUGAGAUCACCUUAAACAUCAAGUCAGUGCUCACCUGAUUGGUGGGCUUUUCUUCAUUGCCUUUUUCUUGUUAAAUUGUGAAAUUAUCACGUUUUGUGGCCUAGUUUGCAAGACACUAUUAUUCAGUACUGAGUCAUUCAAUUUUGGGGGGGGUCCCUUGACCCCCAAAACCAUUGCUUCAUUAAUACAGUGUAACUUGGUCGUUUCUUCUUCAGCAGGGAUGAGUGUAUUACUUUGUCACUUUGUAAAGGAAGGCAACACACAUGCACACCAACUGUCAUGAAUGUUCCCAGUCAUAUGCUGUGUAUCAAAUGGAAUACUUUGUCAGUACGCUUCAGUAAGUAUACUACUUAGUACUGUAUAUAUACUAUGUACUAUAUAUAUAUAUAUAUAUAUAUAUUACAAGUUAGUCCCUCUCCUUCUGCCACGCAGACUAUUGAGGGGGGCGGGUGUGAAGUGGUUUACAUCAGUGUGAACGCACUUGUGAAUUGGAGACGACAUGUAAGUACCCAAGUGUGUGAAUUGGAGACGACAUUUAAUUACCCAAGUGUGUGAAUUGAGAGACAGCAUGACUCUGAAGACGGCACAUACAGAAGUCAAAGGAAAUGUCGUUUUCACACACGACUGAUUCCAGUGCUUACAUACUUUGUUUGUUGUCCAGGUCCAAGUCUUGUCCUGUUGCUUUGUUUGUGCUUAAUGUCUGUAUUCUUGAAUAAAGGCUAAACUUUAGACAUCUAGA